AUGAAGGCAGCCACGGCUCCAGGAACGGACCAUGUUUCAGCCGAUCUCUUAGGCUGGAGGAUAUCGCCUACACGAGACGUCUGCGGCACACUCAAAGACGAUGGGGAGGAUCUUCGGAACUACCGUCCAAAAUCUGCUGAGAGUGCUUUACAAGUUCUUUACGAAAAUUAUUCUCACUCGUAUUCAAGACAGUGGAUGAAGCUCAACCUUUCGAACAGGCUGGAUUUCGCAAGGGAUCAGCUGCGUGGAUCACAUCCAGACGGUUUCGAGGACUACGAGUUCGCAAGGGAUCAGCUGCGUGGACCACAUCCAGACGGUUUCGAGGACUACGAGGUCGUCAAAGGUGUUUACUGCGGCUUUGCAGUGGAGAAAAUCACUCCUCGCGAAACAAAACGUCCUGAGGGAAAGACCAGAUGGGCUGACGUGUUCGAUACACGGAUGGACAGCUGA